AUGUUCUCAAACUUAUUGGCCAAGCUCAGUAUGAGUGCCGUUGGCGCCGCUGCUGAACUGACCUUAGACCCUAUGUUAAAAUACUGGGUCCUUUUCCCGAUCUCUAUUGUUAUGAUCUUAGUCGGCGUUUGCCGGCAGUAUUUGAUGGUGUAUCUGGGAUUGAAGACAAGGACUGUCUCGAAAAAGAGGCUAACCGAAGUCCAGUACAUUAGCAAAGCUCAGGCGCUUCUCGGAAAUGGUACUAACCUUUGUGAGAAAUCUUUCAAAAUGAGAAAGGAAUACUUGGCGAAUGUUUUAGCAGAAGGGCGGUUUUUGGCGCAAAAGGAGGCUUCAGAUACACCUCCAAACCCACUCACAGAUCCUAGCGCAUCGGACGCAAUGAUGAACAUGGUGACCUCCAAUCUGGCCAACUACAUCCCGCAGACGCUCAUUAUGUGGUGGGUGAACCAUUUCUUUGCAGGCUUUCUUCUCAUGAAACUGCCGUUUCCAUUGACUAUAAAGUUCAAGGAAAUGUUGCAGAAUGGGAUCAUGACCCCUGAUCUAGAUCCUCGCUGGGUAAGCAGUAUAUCGUGGUACUUUAUCUCCACUUUGGGACUUAGCCCAGUGAACAACCUGCUUUUCGGCUCAAACAACGAUGAAUCAGAACUGCUAGCCAUCUCACAACACCAGCAGCAACUCGAGUCUGUACCUGGUGGACCUUCUCCCGACGUUAUGAUGAAAGGUCUUGCCAACGACAUCACCAUCGCGCAGCAUGAAUCUUGCUUCGAUUCCAUUGAGGAGAGAGUCUUGAAACUCUAUGCUGACGGAAACUGA